GUUGGCGAAUCCGUACUCUUAUUUUCUAAUUUCCACUGCAGGUUCUUAAAGGAAGCACACAGAAAACUAGAAAAACAUCUCCAAUUACUACUGUUACGGCCUAUUGUAAAGGUAUCUGAUCCAGUAAACAUCCGUACUCUUAUUUUCUAAUUUCCACUGCAGGUUCUUAAAGGAAGCACACAGAAAACUAGAAAAACAUCUCCAAUUACUACUGUUACGGCCUAUUGUAAAGGUAUCUGAUCCAGUAAACAUCCGUACUCUUAUUUUCUAAUUUCCACUGCAGGUUCUUAAAGGAAGCACACAGAAAACUAGAAAAACAUCUCCAAUUACUACUGUUACGGCCUAUUGUAAAGGUAUCUGAUCCAGUAAACAUCCGUACUCUUAUUUUCUAAUUUCCACUGCAGGUUCUUAAAGGAAGCACACAGAAAACUAGAAAAACAUCUCCAAUUACUACUGUUACGGCCUAUUGUAAAGGUAUCUGAUCCAGUAAACAUCCAUGCAAAAUGUAAACAGUUUGUAAUUAAAGGACUGCAUUAAGCAUACGCUCGUGGCGUAUGUGCUAUGUUUCAACCGAAAGAAAAUUACAAUUCAAUGAUUUGGAGUUCUUAAAGGAAGCACACAGAAAACUAGAAAAACAUCUCCAAUUACUACUGUUACGGCCUAUUGUAAAGGAAGCACACAGAAAACUAGAAAAACAUCUCCAAUUACUACUGUUACGGCCUAUUGUAAAGGUAUCUGAUCCAGUAAACAUCCGUACUCUUAGCACCAGCACCAGGAACAGCCAGAGGGAGUACAACAUCCGCUGCCUACUGGUCGAAGGCAGCUGGAACGUCUCCAGUGGAUUUCCCAGCAGGGUGGUGAGCACGAGCAGUGACUGGACAGCAAUAUCGGCGCCAUUUCGGCGCCUACGCUUCAGCCAAAAAACAAACACAACGAGGCUGCAGCUUACGACCAGAGCCAGCCAGACAGUCGAGGAGAAUGGCACCAGCAGCUGUGCUACGGCCCCUAUCUGGGAUUUUAUGUUCACCACAAACACGAGAGAGCUCUGGUGGUAGGAUACGGUCGUAGUGAACUG